CUCAGGCACUAAUCAAAUCUAAGGCUAAUAAUAAACGUCCUGAGUAAUGAGUGGCUUGGGCCGGAGCAGGCGAGGUGGCCGGACCCGGGCGGGCCCGGAGUGGUCUCCACAGGGCCUGCGGAUGGGGGUGGCCAUGGGUCAGUGCCCCGAAGAACAGUACUGGGAUCCCCUACUGAACAUCUGCCUCUCCUGCAAACUCAUCUGCAGCCAUCAGAUUCCACGCACCUGUGCAGCAUUCUGCAAGUCACUCAGCUGCCACAAGGAGCAAGGCAGGUACUACGACCAGCUCCUGAGGGACUGCAUCAGCUGUGCCUCCAUCUGCGGACGUCACCCCAAGCAAUGCACGUACUUCUGUGAGAACAAGUUCAGGAGCCACGCGAACCUCCCGCCAGAGCUCAGGAGACAGCGGGCCGGGGAAGCUGAAACCAGGCCAGACGACUUGGGAAGGUACCAGGGAACAGAGCACAGAGGCUCCGAGCCAGUUCCAGGGCUGAAGCUGAGCGCCGACCAGCUGGCCCUGGUCUACAGCACACUGGGGCUCUGCCUCUGUGCCAUCAUCUGCUGCUUCCUCCUGGCCGUGGCCUGCUUCCUCAAGAGGAGAGGGGACCAGUUCUCCUGCCAGCCCUCACCGGCACCGUGUCAGACCCAGGCCAAGUCCUCCAAGGAUCACUGGAUGGAAGCUGGAAGCGCGGAGGGCGCGUUGCCAGAGCCGGUGGAGACGUGCAGCUUCUGCUUCCCGGAGCGCAGGCAGCCCACCCAGGAGAGCGCGGGCGGGCCCGGGACCCCCGGCGCCGCGCGCUCUGGGAGGUGGGGGCGCCUCGGCCGGACCGCGAUCGGACAGCCGUGCGCGCGCGCCCCGGAAGGCGGCCUUGAGGUCCUGUGCGCUCCUGCGGAGGAGGGAGGCCCGACCUCCUGAAAUGGGGGCAAGGUCGCCAUCACCUAAACACCUGCAGUGAAGUCAUACCUACCUGCUGGCCACAACUCCCAAAAGCCCUUCUUUAGAAAUAAAACCCUCCCCGGCUGCCCGCUCCUCCCUUUCUCUGGUUUUCGUCGUGUCUCCCCCGUGAUGACUCUGGACGUCCCACCCUUCCCGCUGCCACCACAAGGGGUCCGCCUGGUUUCUGAGGACCUGCAAGCUGAGGGUCCCACCAGGCUCUCGACCGAGCUCGUUGACCUGUGCUGGGUGGGAAGCGGGUGGGUGGGGAGGGUGGGGGUACACGCUGGGACUGUGUUGCGCCUUUUCGUUCAAGAGGGGAAGCCAGAGAGACGGGAACGCUAAAUGGCCUGAAGGAGGCGUGCCUCCCACCAGAGGCCUGGGCUCUUUACAUUUGUUUUAUUAAACAAAUUCCCCACCACCGUGCCUCCUUAGGCACAGCAAAGCACAGUGCAGUGUGUGUGUGUGUGUGUGUGUGUGUGUGUGUGUGUGGUGGGGAAGGCACAGGCUGAGCCCAGUGCCGAGCUGCUCUGAAAGCCCCCGGCUAAUUGCCCGGAUGUCAGCAGGCGCGUUCUCGUUGGCACCCCCCUUUGGCCCCAUCUGGCCACCAAGCUGCACUGUUCGUGGCUGAAUAUUCUUCUUUGAAUCAACUCACCUUUUCUUCUAGACCGACUCUGACCUCACGCUGCAUUUCCUGCAUCCUGACUGAUAAUAAGCAAUAAUACCUGAACAUCCACAAGUGUUAGAUGUUACCUAGAAGUAAAACCUUGGAUCGCGAGGAAAUUCUGCCAGGGUCCCGCAAGACGAGCAAGCAUGUCUAAUAAAUUUUAACCUG